AUGUGGACGUUAUUGGUAACUAUGAUAAUGGGCUCCAUAUUAUUGGAUAUUGAAGUUAUCCUCCAGUACUUUACACCAACAUUACCAUUAUGCCUUUUAGCGCCAUGGCUCCGAGAAUUGGGGUUUGUGAUAUUCUACGGCGCGAUCGAUCUGAAACUGUAUAGGAUUCUGAUGCAAUUUCGUACUAGAAAAGCGCACUGUUGGACAAUUACUGACAAAGAUCUGCUGAAAUAUUUAUUGUUUGGUGUUAUUGUGGUAACUGUUUACCUCACCGCCUGGACUGCAGUUAGUCUUAACUUCUUUAAUGAAGGAUGGGUCCUCUUGAUCCACGUUGAAACCGAAGAUGGCUCAUUGUAUACAACGUGCAAACCUCAAUGGUGGAAUCACGUUACAGAAUUCGGUGAACUAUUGAUUUUAACCGUGGGCUUAUAUUAUGGAAAUUCAGCACGUAAUGCCCGCGUGCAGUUUGAAGAACGGCGUUUUCUCUUUUACGCAAUUAUAGCGGAAUUAACGUUUAGUACUGUCCAUAAUGCCAUCCGUGCAGUCUAUCCAAUACCAUUCCACCAGGAUGUGACAUUCAUAGCCGCCUUUUUACGCAGCCUGUUAACAAACACUCUUGCACUGAUCAUCAUAUUUGCACCAAAGAUAUGGUAUCAAAAAGAAGUUAACGCUGAACUCCGACAUUCCGCUAUAAAUCAAGAACUUUCAGAAUCAUUAAAAGCUGAUAUACCAGAUAAGGACUUCAGAGAAAUGGACAUAUCUGAAAUGACUUCGGAUGAAAUAAGGGAGGAACUCAGUCGAGUCUAUGUACAAAUGGGAAUAUUACGGGAUAAAACUGUAUGUAAGAAAAACCCUCAUAUAUCUAAACGAAAAGGUGGAAAGAAAUUGCCACAUAGACGAUUUUCAUUACAGAAGAAAGGAAGCAGAGACAAGUCAUCCAUUAAAAUUCGAAAAAAAAAUAAAGAA